CCCACCACCCGCGCCUUCCCGCACCCUCCGGCGAGCCCGGCAGCCCAGGCUACCGAAACACCUGCGCCGGCCGGGCUGCGCCUGCGCAGUGUGGCCGGUGGGCGGGACGGGGAAUGCGGCGGCCGCGGAGCGAGGCUGCCCGCGGGCGAGGAGUCGGAGUUUUGCCGAGGGGCCGGUCGGCGUCCUCUCUCAGCCGCCGGAAGUGAGCUCCGCCGCUCUUUCCGCGCGGCCCGGGUCCUCGCCCGGCCCCCGGGCGCGCGGCAGUCGGCGGGGGUCCUCGGCGCUGGGCAGCCAUGGACUCGGCGGCGCUGGAGCGGGACGCGGUGCAGUUCGCGCGGCUGGCAGUGCAGCGCGACCACGAGGGCCGCUACUCGGAGGCCGUGUUUUACUACAAGGAAGCUGCACAAGCUUUAAUUUAUGCUGAGAUGGCAGGAUCAAGCCUAGAACAUAUUCAAGAAAAAAUAAAUGAGUAUCUGGAAAGAGUGCAGGCUUUACAUUCAGCAGUUCAGUCAAAGAGUGCGGAUCCUUUGAAAUCAAAACAUCAGUUGGACUUAGAGCGUGCCCAUUUCCUCGUUACACAAGCUUUUGACGAAGAUGAAAAAGGGAACGUUGAAGAUGCUAUAGAACUGUAUACAGAAGCUGUAGAUCUCUGUCUGAAAACCUCUUAUGAAACCGCUGAUAAAACUCUGCAAAACAAACUGAAGCAGUUGGCACGACAGGCACUAGACAGAGCAGAAGCAUUGAGUGAGCCUUUAACAAAGCCAUCAUGCAAAAUCAAGGCAACGAAUAUUAAACCAAAGCCACCUCCAGUGAGAGCACAUUUUCCACUAGGAACUAAUCCCUUCCUUGAAAGACCUCAGCCAGUUAUAAGUCCACAGUCAUGUGAUGCACAAGGACAGAGAUACACAGCAGAAGAAAUAGAAGUUCUCAGGACAACGUCAAAAAUAAAUGGUAUAGAAUAUGUUCCUUUCAUGAACAUUGAUCUGAGGGAACGUUUUGCUUACCCAAUGCCUUUCUGUGAUAGAUGUGGCAAGCUACCAUUAGCACCUAAACAAAAAGCUACAUUUUCUAAAUGGGUACGACCAGAAGACCUCACCAACAAUCCUACAAUGAUUUAUACUGUGUCUAGUUUCAGCAUAAAGCAGACAAUAGUAUCAGAUUGUUCGUUUGUGGCAUCACUGGCUAUCAGUGCAGCUUAUGAAAGACGAUUUAAUAAGAAGUUGAUUACCAGCAUAAUUUACCCUCAGAAUAAGGAUGGUGAGCCAGAGUACAACCCAUGUGGAAAGUACAUGGUAAAACUUCACCUCAAUGGUGUCCCUAGAAAGGUGAUAAUUGAUGACCAGUUACCUGUGGAUCAUAAGGGAGAAUUGCUCUGUUCUUAUUCUAACAACAAAAGUGAAUUAUGGGUUUCUCUCAUAGAAAAAGCAUACAUGAAAGUCAUGGGAGGAUAUGAUUUCCCAGGAUCCAAUUCAAAUAUUGAUCUUCAUGCACUGACUGGAUGGAUACCAGAAAGGAUCGCCAUGCAUUCAGACAGCCAGACUUUCAGUAAGGAUAAUUCUUUCCGAAUGCUUUAUCAAAGGUUUCACAAAGGGGACGUCCUCAUCACCGCAUCCACUGGAGUGAUGACUGAAGCUGAAGGCGAGCGGUGGGGCCUGGUCCCCACACACGCGUACGCCGUGUUGGACAUCAGAGAGCUCAAGGGGCUGCGAUUUAUCCAACUGAAAAAUCCUUGGAGUCAUUUACGUUGGAAAGGAAGAUAUAGUGAAAACGAUGUAAAAAACUGGACCCCAGAGUUGCAAAAGUGUUUAAACUUUGAUCCUCGAACAGCUCAGAAAAUAGACAAUGGAAUAUUUUGGAUCUCAUGGGAUGAUCUCUGCCAGUAUUAUGAUGUGAUUUAUUUGAGUUGGAAUCCAGGUCUUUUUAAAGAAUCAACAUGUAUUCACAGCACUUGGGAUGCAAAGCAAGGACCUGUGAAAGAUGCCUAUAGCCUGGCCAACAAUCCCCAGUACAAGUUGGAGGUGCAGUGUCCACAGGGGGGCGCUGCGGUUUGGGUUUUGCUUAGUAGACACAUAACAGACAAGGAUGAUUUUGCAAAUAAUCGAGAAUUUAUCACAAUGGUUGUAUACAAGACGGAUGGGAAAAAAGUUUAUUACCCAGCUGAUCCACCUCCGUACAUUGAUGGGAUUCGAAUUAACAGCCCUCAUUAUUUGACUAAGAUAAAGCUAACCACACCUGGGACCCAUACCUUUACAUUAGUGGUUUCUCAGUAUGAAAAACAGAACACAAUCCAUUACACAGUCCGGGUAUACUCAGCAUGCAGCUUUACUUUUUCAAAGAUUCCUUCACCAUAUACUGUAUCAAAACAGAUUAAUGGAAAGUGGAGUGGUCAGAGUGCCGGAGGAUGUGGAAAUUUCCAAGAGACACACAAAAAUAACCCCAUUUACCAAUUCCAUAUAGAGAAGACUGGGCCACUACUGAUCGAGCUAAGAGGACCAAGGCAAUAUAGUGUUGGAUUUGAAGUUGUAACAGUUUCUGUGGUGGGAGACCCUGGUCCCCAUGGCUUUCAGAGAAAAUCUAGUGGUGACUACAGGUGUGGGUUUUGCUACCUGGAACUAGAAAACAUACCUGCUGGGAUCUACAAUAUCAUUCCCAGUACUUUUUUGCCUAAACAAGAAGGACCGUUUUUCUUGGACUUUAAUAGUAUUAUCCCCAUCAAGACAACACAACUGCAGUGACAGAGAAACCUCAGCAAUAGCUGGAUCUUAUACUCACCAAACAUCAACUCUUCAAAUGAGGACACAGAUCUCCAGGACGACACUGAACACAAUCAUCAGAACAGAAUUAAUCUCUAAAAACGUUCCUGUGGAAUCUGGUGCUGAAGUCAGGGUGUGUGGUGAGAACUGUAUGUAUGUAGUCAGAAUUACCCUAUGUCACUUAGGAGUACCAUUCACAUGGUUUUGUGUAUAUACGGAGUGGGCUUGCAUUUAGGGGCCGCAUUGUACAAAGAAGUGUAGAUGCUUAAAGAUUAGGCUCAGUCAAGUACUGAGAUCAGUGCCCUUGCUAAGAGGGAACCGAGACCAGACGAGGAAAAUGAGGGGUGUAGACUCACUGAGUGGAACAGUAGGCUGGGAUAAUAUUCUGAAGUAUUUACAUUAUGUUGUCUUCUUGGCAGAGCAUGUUGUAAGGUAGACCUGCUUGUGUCGUGACUCUCCUGUACAUCCUGGGCACCUAAUUACCAAAUGAAUCAUGUUAACCAUGAGAUUUUAAUUCUGCAUUAUUUAUGGCUUUAAAUGUUUACUGUUGCCUAUAGGUUAUGAAAGGAUAAAGUUUUAAUACUAAUUAACUUAGCAUGAAGAUGCUCAUGCUUAAGAAUGAAGGUUGUUGAAGUUAGAUACCUGUCUCCCAUUGACUCAUGUAAAGAGAACUGAGGUAUAUUCAUCAUCAGUGUAGGUUUAUCAGGUUGAUGAAAGUAGUAGUCUGAGACAUUGAAGACAUUACAAUUUAGUUUGUAUAGUCUUUUUUAAAUUGCUCUGUAGUUCAGUGUUCUUAUGGUAACAUCAUCACUCUAAAGAAAAUACAAUUGAGGAUUUAAUAUAUGGUAAUUGGGUUGCAUUUGAAAAAAUUCCCAGUUGUUUACAUAAAAAUUCAUCAGAGUAGAAUGAUGCUCAAGAUUUUAAAGAUCUAAAAAU